GCGCGGCGGUGGCGGCGGCGGCGGCCUAGUCGAGGGUGUCGCUCGGGCGGUGGCAGUGGCGGUGAGCGCCCGAGCACAACCGGAGGGGCACGAGAUUCCCGGCUCCCGGUCAUCACUGCUUUCGUCGGCUUCGUCUCCGUUUUGGCGGCCCGAGUGGUUCGCGGGAUGGUUUCCUGUUAACUCACGUAGUCUUCACAACAACCCCCGGGAGUAGGGAUCGUCCUUCCUCUUCUACAAGUGAGCCGAGCCGAGCCUGGAGAGGCUAAGUAACUUACCAAAGGCGCACAGCUGCUGAGCGCACUGCCAGAGCGCCAGGUUAACGCAGCCGCAGCCGGACUCCGGGGCGGAGCUCUCUGUCUAGCGGCGUCUGUGUCACCUCUUUGUCAGUCUAGGAGGUUGCAUUUACUGUUCUGGCGGCUGCCUGGUGAGCCACCUUCUAGCCAGUGGUCAUACGGGCAGAACGUGAGGCCAGAGCCAAACGCCAAUGUCUAGCGAUGGAUGACGACAGCCUGGAUGAGCUUGUGGACCGAAGCCCAGGGCCAGAUGGACACUCAGGACUCGGCCCUGCUGCCCUGGCCAGCAGUGCUGGUGAGCCGGUCUCCCACUUCUUGCAUGGAGAAGAUAGCAGUGACGGCAGCAGUGGCAGCUCGGAGGAUGACACGGGCAGUGAGCACAGCUACAGCACUGACGGCGAGGACGAGGAGGGCGGGCUGGAGGACCGAUCUGGCUCUGAAGAUUCUGAAGAAGAAGGAAGAGAAGGAGGAGGCAUGGAAACAUUAGUGGCAGUGGUGGACACUCAGGGGAAGUUGGAAGCCAGUGGCGCGUUUAAUUCUGAUGAUGAUUCCGAGAGCUGCCCGAUUUGUCUCAAUGCUUUCCGGGACCAGGCCCUGGGGACACCGGAGAACUGUGCCCAUUAUUUCUGCCUGGACUGUAUCGUGGAAUGGUCCAAGAAUGCCAAUUCCUGUCCAGUUGAUCGAACUAUAUUUAAAUGUAUCUGUAUUCGAGCUCGGUUUGGUGGUAAAAUCUUGAAGAAGAUUCCAGUGGAGAACGCCAGAGCCAGACAGGAUGAGGAGGAAGACCCCACUUUUUGCGAGGUGUGCGGCAGGAGCGACCGGGAAGACCGUCUGCUUCUCUGUGACGGCUGUGACGCGGGGUACCACAUGGAGUGUCUGGAUCCUCCUCUCCAGGAGGUGCCAGUGGAUGAAUGGUUCUGUCCUGAAUGUGCUGCCCCUGGCUCUGCUCCUGCCGCUGAUGCAGGUCCUGUGAGCGAGGAGGAGGUCUCCCUGCUCUUGGCGGAUGUGGUGCCCACCACCAGCCGGCUUCGGCCUCACACGGGGAGGACCCGUGCCAUUGCCAGGACACGGCAGAGCGAGAGAGUCCGAGCGACUGUGAACCGGAAUCGGAUCUCCACCGCCAGGAGAAUCCAGCAUGUCCCACGGUACCUCAUGUCUUCUCUGCUGGAUGAGACCAUUGAGGCUGUCGCUGCCGGUCUGAGCACUGCUGUGUACCAGCGCCCCGUGGCACCCCGUGUCCCUGCAAAACGCAGGAGAAGAGCAGGAAGGCGGAAGAAAGUGUCGGGAAGAAGGAAGACCCAGUCCAGGUCAUCUGUGAAGAGCAGGGGAUCCGGGACAAGGUCUAAGAAACGUCAGGGUCGCGCCAAGAAGAGAAAAGGGAAAAAGUCAAAGAAUGAAGCCACAGCUCGGUCCCGCAUCGCACGGACGCUGGGCCUCCGGGGUCCAGUCCGCGGGGCUUGCAUCCCAUCGGUGCACAAGCCAGCGGACCCCUCUCUCGGGCUGAUGCGUGCGGACAUCGGAGUAGCCUCUCUGUCGCUCUUUGGAGACCCCUAUGAGCUGGACCCCUUUGACAGCAGUGAGGAGCAGGCUGCGGACCCCGCUUCCCCUCUGAGCGCCAAGAGGAGGGUUCUGUCCCAGUCGGCGCUGCGCUCCCACCGGCCCGUGGCCAGGCCCGUGUCCAUGGGGCUCUCCAGGAGGGGUGUUCCCGCUGUGGCACCCGAACCAGAGGUGGAUGAGGCCCCCGUCCCUGACCUGGUGGGGAGCAUCCUGUCGGGCCAGAGCCUCCUGAUGAUGAACGGUGCGGACAUCACCAUCCACCGGGACGGCUCCCUCAGUGCCAAGAAGGCAGCACCCGUUUCCUUCCCGAGAAGCUCCGGUGCUCCGUCCCGAGGCGGCAGAGGCCCUGGGGCCUGCCUGCAGCCCAGAGCGCCAUGCCCAGGCAGUGGGCUCCAGAGUGGGGGUCUGCACUGCCACAGCGGGCCCACCCCCUCCUGCGUCCCCGCUCUCACCCCAGGGGCAGCCGUGAGACUGGACUCCUCUGCGACUCCUCUGUCAGGUCAGGCUCAGAACCUGUCAAACGUAAGUGGGCCUGGCUUAAAGCACAGUGACGCCCCCCGAUGUGACAGAGACGGCAGGCAUGCCCCGCCCCUUAGUUCUGUGCCCUCUAAGAUCUCGGGUAGCUGCUCUCACUCGCCGCACAUCAGCACACUGCUAGGACAGGCCGUGAAGCCAGCUCCCAGGAGGCCCAGCAUCUCAGAGCUGCCCAGGAUACCGAAGGUCAGAAGGGAGGACGGCGGCGGCGGGCGGGCGGAUGCGGCCCCCGCCAGCGAGCAGCGCGUUGAGAUCCCCAGCUCCUGCAUCAGCCGCCUCACGGGCAGGGAAGGCCCUGGGCAGCCCGGCCACAGUGCCCGAGCGGAGGGCGAGCCCAGCAGCAGGGGCCCACAGGAGCCUGGCACGCGCUCAGGGGGCGGCUCCCAGUCCCCCGCCACACUGGGACCCUCAAAGGGGAAGGGUGUCAGCUCAACCUUCGAGAGCUUCAGGAUCAAUAUUCCCGGGAACACGGCGCACUCCGGCAGACUCUCCAACCCUGGCUUUUGUAACACGUUCCGGCCUGUGGACAAUAAGGUGCAGAGGAAAGAGAACCCCUCUCCCCUCUUCUCCAUCAGGAAGACCAAGCAGCUCAAGAGUGAGAUCUACGACCCCUUUGAUCCCACGGGCUCCGACUCCAGUUCCGCCGGCAGCAGCCCCGAGCGCCUGGGCUCUGGCCUCCUGCCUUCUGAGAUCACGCGCACCAUCUCCAUCAACAGCCCAAAGGCCCCAGCGUUGCAGACGGUGCGCUGUGUCACUUCCUACACGGUGGAAACUGUCUUCGGGACAGAGCCUGAGUCCCCUCGCGGGCCUUCCUCCGGUGCGCUCGAACUCCGGGGCGAGGGGGCUGCCGAGGGGCUGGGCAAGGCAGCCACUGAGGGCCAGGGUGCAGCCUCCAGGGCACAGAGGCCGUCCCCGCCGGAGCCGUGGGAGGACAAGGACCGGCUGCCCUGCAGCACCUUCUUUGGCUCAGAGGAGCGGACAGUGACCUGUGUGACCGAUGCAGAGCCGGAGGCACCGCCCAGCCCAGACGCUGCGCAGACAACUACCCACAGGGUCGUGGAGCUGAGGUCCCCGUCCUGCUCCCGCUCCACAUCCAGCUCCCGCGGCAGGAAGAAGGCCAAGAGGAAGCGGGCUGAGGCCAGGGAGCACAGGAGGACCCGCUCAGGCUCCCGCUCAGGCUCCCGCUCCGGGGACAGGAGCUCGCGAUCGGGGUCGCCGCCAGUGGGUGAAGACCACCCCAAGAGGUCGCAGCCCAAGGCUCGGGGCCGGAGGUCCUCCAGUGACCACUCUAGCAGCCACGAGCGAGCCAAGCGGAAGAAGGCGAAGGAUGAGGGCCGGAGGAGGAGGAGAGACUCCUGGGGCCGCGGCCGGCGGCGGUCACGGUCACGGUCACGGUCCCGCUCAGGCAGUCCCGGCAGCUCCUCCCACGAACGCAGGGAGAGCAGGAGGAGGAAGCGGAGGCGGUCAGGGUCCAGGUCUCGUGGGAGGGAAUGCUCCCCCACCAGCAGCCUGGAGAGGGCCCGGAGGCACCGGCAUGCAAGGGAGAGGAGCCCCCGGGAGCGGCCCCGCGUCAGGUGGAGCUCCCGGGAGCGGAGGAAGCGCAAGUCCGGGUCGCCAAGGUCGCCAAGCACAGAGCACAGGUCCCGGGAGCACCAGCGGCCUCGUUCCCAUGAGAAGCGGCCGAGGCCUCGCUCUCCAGAGAGGAAGUUGGCGCCCCCUCCCCAGGAGGAGCAGAAGGCCGACAGGGAGCAGCCAGCCGGGCCGCCGGCCUCCGAGGGCGCAGACGCCUCUCCAGCAGGGGCCGAGGCCCACCCGGAGGCUCCGGACAUGCCAGUGGAGUGUCCGCCCGAGGACCUCGAUUACGGUGAUUCUGUCGAGGCAGGACACGUCUUCGAGGAUUUUUCAACAGACGCGUUCUUCAUGCAGCUUGAUGACAUGAGCUCCCCGCCCUCUCCAGAGAGCACAGAUUCCUCCCCAGAGCGAGACUUCCCACCCAAUCCUGUGGCGCCCCCGGCCAGCCAGCAGCAGGACACCAACCUGGUGGCUGUCAUCAGACGCGAGGUGUCACUGAUCCACGACGAAGAUGCUGCACAGCCCCCGCCCCGGGCUCAGGGCUCCCAGGACAAGCCCUUGCUCCAGCAGGACGCGGCUGUGGCUGCCACGGUGGCGCCCAGCACCCUGGGAAGCCAGGCUGUACCUGGGGUGCCUGCGGGGAAGGAGGAAGGACCCUCUCAGACCCCCUUGCUGCGGGCGAAAGCCCUGGUGAAGAGAGUCACGUGGAACCUACAGGAGGCGGAGGGUGGCGCCCCUGCCGAGGACCGAGGCCUGCGAACGCCGCUCCACAGGCCCCAGAAACCCCGGGAAGGGGUUUGGGAAACGGAAGACAUGGGUCCCACGGUGGGGUUCCAGCAGGCACCCUUCUCUGAGCCUCCUGCCCCCAGCUAUGCACACGCAGAGUCUGCCUUCCCCGACGUCGAGCCCUCUCAGGUUUAUACCCCCAACCUGCCCCCCACCCCAGCCGUCCCCUUGAGUCUCCCGCCCUACGCGCCAGCCAGCCAGCCCACGGUCCAGUUCAUCCUGCAGGGGAGCCUUCCCCUGGCGAGCUGCGGGGUUGCACAGAGCCCAGCCCCGGUGCCCACCGCCCUGACCACGGCCUCAGAGCCCGCCGGCCACACCACUGUCGCCGGCAACGCCGAGGAGAGAGCGGCCGCUCCUAAGCCUGCUGCGGAGAAAGCCAAGAAUGAGGAGUACAUGAAGAAGCUGCACAUGCAGGAGCGGGCGGUGGAGGAGGUGAAGCUGGCCAUCAAGCCCUUCUAUCAGAAGAGGGAGGUGACGAAGGACGAGUAUAAGGAUAUCCUGCGCAAGGCGGUGCAGAAGAUAUGCCACAGCAAGAGUGGGGAGAUCAACCCUGUGAAGGUGGCCAACCUGGUUAAGGCCUACGUGGACAAGUACAGGCACAUGCGCAGACACAGGAGGGCAGAGGCCGGUGAGGAGGCGCCCCCCCAGAGCACCGAGAGCUGAGCCAGGCACAGAGUGGGGGGCGCCAGCCCUGUUCCCGAGGGACUCUGUUGGGAGAGGCGGGAGCAGAAAGGUUGGAGCCGCCCAGAACUCCUGUGGUCACACACGGUCUGCGCUCCUGUGUUGCUCACAGUUUAAAACCGGACUUUUUUAUAUGUAUAUUAUAGAUACACACUGUUUCCAUGGUGUUCUAAUUUAUCAAAAAUGGAUUAUCUUUAGAAACUUCUU